CCGUGCGGUGCGUGUACGCCGGGCGGGCCCGGCGGGGCGCAGCGCAGCGCGGGGCCGGGUGCCGGCAGGGCCGGUCGCCGCCGCACGGCGUAUGUAGUACGGGGCUGGGCGGCUGCCGGAGGGUGAAUGAAGCGAGGAGGAGGCGGCGGCGGCGGAGGAGGAGGCGGCGCUGGCGCUGGGAUGUGCCCGGCAGCGGCCCCGCUCCGCUUCACUCAGGGCCCAGGCCGGCUGCAGACGCCACCCGUCACAUCGCAGACCAAGCCACAUGGGCAAGCAAUACAACCUGUGAAUUUAUUCUUGACCCCUGUAGGACAGUGACCACCUUCAUUUUUUUCUUCAUCAUACAGAUAUGCACUGCCAAUAAGUGAAAAGGUCAAGAAAAGCAGUAGCUCAGUGGCUGAAUUUUUCAGAAGUGCUUUACAGUGGGGAAAGUGGGGAAACCUCUUAAAGUGGUGUCUUACUCAAUCCUGGAGUACAGGGAGUGUUUUAAUGCAAAACAUCAGAAAAAAAAGACUGCAACACCUCCUGUGAGAAAAGGGGAAAAAAGAAGAUUUGCAAUUGCAUCUUGAAACACUCACAUGAUUCGAGUUCCAAGUUCAAAAUGUGGUGCUAAAAAACAUAGAGUGCUGCAGAUUGCAACUUACGUCAGUUUAACUGCCCCUGCCUGCUUUGUGCUGUUACAGUGACCAUUUUGAGAAGUGAUCAGGAAGGGACAGUGUUUUUGGUCUGUUUUAGUAGGAGCAGCAUUCUGAAAUUAAAUGAAUCGCCAUUUAGCAAGCUGGUAUUGCUCUGGUUGAUGAUAUUAAUUCCUUCUCUGUGUGAAUACUGAGAAUAAGAAGCAAUAAAUGGAUUCCACUGCGUUAAUGAUUCGUGAAGUGUGUUGUCAGAUGUGGCUGGCCUUCUCUUAUGAAAUAAAUGGACAAUCAUCCGUGCCACUUUAAAAGCAUAUUCUUUGGAUCUUAACUGCAUUAUGGUAUCUGAGCUCUAGGACUAUUGCUUAUGAAAUUUCUUCAGUAUCUGUUUUAUGUGUGUGAUACUGCCAGACGGUUAUCUGUGAAGCUUUUUAAUAGCUGUCUGUCUAUCAUCUGCUCUACCUGACUGUUUACAGUUGUUCUUUAUGCAAGAAAGUACUUCUCAGCCUAAUUCACUGGUCCCUGAACUGAGUGACACUGACUGAAGACGUCUUCCCUCUCUUGAGGCCUUUCCAUGCCAAACUGCAAGUUUGUGUUUAAUUUUCACUGAUUAUAGCUAAAGGACAAAUCUCGUUUAACACUUAGGAAAUUAUGUGUUCCCUAAUUUGUUCUUAUUUUAAAUGAGCUCUUGUUAAGUGAACCCCUUUUUAUUAUUGCCCAGUGGUUUGAUGGAAAUGAGUUGCUAGUGUCUUCAUUUUCUAGCAGAAUCUCUCUCUGUUGACAAACUGAACAUUUGCUGGUGUAGAGGGUGGGAGUGACACCUCAGCUCUCCUCUCCAAGCCUGCAAGGUGCUGGUAGUACAUGCUACAGGCACUGUGAGCUGUGGCUGCUCGUGCUGUGCCUGUGAUCGAGAUACAGAACUGUUACUUAGGCCUUCUGGUUAAGUAACAUUUUCUAGUACAUUAUUUAAAGUAGAUUUAGUGUACUAGAUUUUAAGUUAAGGGAUAGUCCUCCUUCUAUAAGGAAAAUGCCAAAUCUGACACACUGGUUUGCACUGGAUUCACUAACAUUGAUGGUGUUGCUUUAGCAUUGUGGUAUGUCAGAACUGGCUCAAAAAAAAACAAACAACAAAACCGCAACCUAAUCCUCCAAAAAGUCCUGUCUUGCUGAUGCUGAUCCUUCCCCUUACAGAUUUUGGAUGAUGUGUCAUGUGUUGCUGAGAAGGAGCAUGUGGCUUCAGCUAUGAGAGGUUGCUGACCAUGGGAACAUGGAGCUAAGGCUCUAACUUACUUUGUUUGAAAGAGGAAAGCCAGUGAGGACCUGUGAGCAGUCCGGCAGUUUCUGAAAAAUCUUCAUGCUAAAGGAUAAUCCAGAAUUCCCUGAGGAAAAACAUAGUGAAUGUUAAUCCAGAGGAGCUGUCGGAGGAUUGUGCUCACGGGGAGAUGAUUCCUCAUGAAGUCACUGGAUCCCUUGCAGAAAUCAAAUGUGACUUUCCUUUUAUCAGACUGAAAUCAGAGCCAGCCAGACAGUGAAGCAAGCACAGUGGAGGGGGGACGGCGAAAGAUGAAAUCCAACCAAGAGCGGAGCAAUGAAUGCCUGCCACCUAAGAAGCGAGAAAUCCCUGCCACCAGCCUGCCUUCGGAGGUGAAGCCGGUCCUGCCAAACGAAAACCACCGUGCGGAUAACCUAGCAUGGCUCCCCAGCACACCCGGCAGCCAGGGCGGCCUGGGAAGCCGGCACCGGCCUGGGGGGACAUCUUCGGUGGAGGCAGGCUUGCAGCAGGGUUUGCACAAGUCGCUGUCUGCAGGGCUGGACUAUUCUCCGCCGAGCGCGCCCAGGUCCGUUCCAGCUUCCACCACCCUUCCCACGGUGUACUCGCCCGCCCUCUCCCAGUCAGGGACCCCCAUUUCCCCCGUGCAGUACACGCACCUGCAACACACCUUCCAGUUUGUCGGGCCCCAGUACAGCGGGUCGUACACCGGAUUCAUCCCCUCGCAGCUGAUUUCCCCAACAGCCAAUUCUGCAACUGGUGCCGUGGCAGCCACGGCCGUUGCAACCACUCCAUCCCAGCGCUCCCAGCUGGAGGCUUAUUCCACUUUACUGGCCAGCAUGAGCGGCUUAAGCCAGCAGGGGCACAAAGUUGAGCCGCACCUGGUCAGGACGCCUGGACUGAUCGCCGCUGGGUCUCCUCCACCAACCCAGCAGAACCAGUACGUCCAUAUUUCCAGCUCUUCCCAGGGCACUGUCAGAAAUGUCUCUCCUCCAACCAUCCCGGUCCCUCUGCACCCCCAUCAGACAGUGAUCCCACACACCCUCACGCUCGGCCCUUCCUCCCAAGUAGUGGUGCAGUACACCGACUCGGGGGGCCACUUCAUCACCAGGGAUCCCCCCAAGAAGCCCGAGAGCAGCCGGCUGCAGGCGAUGCAGGCCAAGGAGGUACUGAACGGCGAGAUUGAGAAGAGCCGGAGAUACGGCAUUUCGCCCUCUACCGACAUAGGUCUAGUCAAAGCAGGCAAUAAACCAGCUCCCCAUCAUUACGAGACCAGGCACGUGGUGGUCCACUCGAGCCCUGCCGAGUACGGCACGCGGGAUUCGUCAGGUGUCCGAGCCUCCGUCAUGGUAGUCCCCAACAGCAGCACACCCACAGCGGACAUGGAGGUGCAGCAGGCCACCAACCGCGAGACCUCUCCAUCAGCCCUCAACGACAAGGGAAGCUUGCACUUAGGAAAGCCAGCCCACAGGUCCUAUGCUUUGUCUCCGCAGCAGGCCCUGGGCCACGAGGGGGUGAAGGCAGUGGCCACGUUGUCCCCUCACACCGUCAUUCAGACUACCCACAGCGCCUCCGAACAACUCCCCGUCGGGCUGCCGGCAACAGCCUUCUAUGCCGGGACCCAGCCACCAGUGAUCGGCUACCUGAGUGGUCAGCAGCAAGCCAUUGGAUACCAUGGCAGCCUGCCGCAGCACCUCGUGAUCCCUGGCACCCAGUCCCUGCUGAUACCAGUCGGCAGCGCGGACGUUGAGCCGUCAGGAGUCGCACCUGCGAUCGUCACGUCGUCUCCUCAGUUUGCAGCAGUGCCUCACACGUUUGUCACCACCGCCGUCCCCAAGAGCGAGAACUUCAGCGCGGAGCCCCUCACCACCCAGCCCGCCUACCAGGCCACCAUGGUGCAGGCACAGAUCCACCUGCCUGUGGUGCAGUCCAUCGCUUCCCCUGCCGCCGCGCCCCCCACGCUGCCCCCCUACUUCAUGAAGGGGUCGAUCAUUCAGCUGGCCAAUGGGGAGCUGAAGAAAGUAGAGGACUUGAAAACAGAAGACUUCAUACAGAGCGCGGAAAUUAGCAAUGACCUGAAAAUAGACUCCAGCACUGUGGAGAGGAUUGAAGACAGCCAUAGCCCAGGCAUUGCCGUGAUACAGUUUGCAGUUGGGGAGCAUCGAGCACAGGUCAGCGUGGAAGUCUUGGUAGAAUACCCUUUUUUUGUAUUUGGACAAGGCUGGUCAUCCUGCUGCCCCGAGAGAACCAGCCAGCUCUUUGAUUUGCCAUGCUCCAAACUCUCGGUGGGGGACGUCUGCAUAUCGCUCACGCUCAAGAACCUGAAGAACGGCUCUAUUAAAAAGGGCCAGCCCAUGGACUCAGCUAGUAUCUUGCUGAAGCAUUCAAAGAAUGACAGUCUAGCUGGAAGUAGACACAGGUAUGCAGAGCAGGAAAACGGGAUUAAUCAGGGAAGCGCACAGAUGUUAGCUGAGAACGGUGAACUGAAGUUUCCGGACAAAAUAGGAUUGCCUGCAGCACCUUUGCUCACCAAAACAGAACCCAGCAAGCCCCCGGCAACGAGGAAGAGGAGGUGGUCAGCCCCCGAAACACGAAAACUAGAGAAAUCAGAAGAGGAGCCACCUUUGACUCUUCCCAAGCCUUCUUUUAUUCCUCAGGAGGUUAAGAUUUGCAUUGAAGGUCGAUCCAAUGUAGGAAAGUAAAAGUCGUUUGGGGAAAGGAAAUUAGGCUAUCCCUUGUCAUUUUUAUCCAGAUUACUGUACUGUAGACUAAAUAACCCAGUAUUUACAUGUUAUCAUCUUAUUUUAGGUUUAUGUUAUAACCUUGUUGUUAUAGUUGCAGCUGGUAUUAUGCAGGAGACUGGUGCAUAUGUUUUUCCACAAGUGUUUGUCAGUGACUAGGUUUAUCGAGAGCUACAGAAGGGGCAGUAUCUGCUUCACACACCCUUAGUGGAAAUGAAUGUGUUGUUAUGGCUCCUGUUUUCUAACACCUCGAGUAGGACAGGGUCCAGCUGUGAUUUUGUUUUCCUUUUGUCCUUGUUUUAUUUUUUUGUUUUGUUUUGUUGUUUUGGUUCCUGUUCUAGGUUUUUUUGGGGGGAGGUCAGGAGAAGGGAACUGUAGCAGAGGUGUAUGUCACAUGUGGGUGCAUGUGUAUGUGUGAGCGUGCAUGUGCGUGCAUGCGUGCACGCCAGUCCCGAGGAGGGACUGCGGCUCUGUGGCGGGCUGGUCAAGAGGUUUCCUCAUGCCAAGUGGAUGCUGAGGACACAACCCAUGGGUGGUAUUGAGAAGGAUAGGAUAGUCUCUGAUGUUUUCAACAACAAGCCAACUCUUACUCAAGGCUCUACUAUAUAUAUAUAUAUAUAUAUAUUUGUGUGUGUGUAUAUGUAUAUAUAUAUUUUUCCCCCCAUGGGGUCUGACUGCACUGAUUUUUAUUCCUAAAAGCAACUGCCACACCAACAUUUCCUUUCUGCUUGCUAGUGCAGUUCCAUUGCCCAGAGUCAGCCGGCGGGGAGGCUGUGAGGCCUCCGCACCGGUCACCCUGCCAGCUUGUCCUGCAUGGCAGGGGUGUGUGUGGUGGGGGUAUUGAUGCGUGUGUGUGGCUUGGGUGUGCGUGAGUGUGCGAGGAGGCCUGCAGCUCCAUGGAUGCGCCUGGCUCAGACUCACUCCUAUUUCUGUGCAGUGUUAGACAAAUCGAUCGGGUUACGCCAUUGACAUUUGCUUCCACAAGGUAGACGCAUACUGCCCCUUUGAGAUCACAGGCAUCCAUGGUUUGCAGUUAGAUUGCAAAUCUUUAACUCUAGUACUGGUUUUAGUUCAUGACUAUGGACAACUGGUGCCACUUCUUUCAAAUUGCGGUGUGACACAGGAAUCCGCUGUUGAAGAUGAACCUAGAAUGUCUUUAAGCACUUAAAAUGCUGUUCACACUUUAUUGCUGAGCAUCCUGGUCUAACACUCAGUACGUACUGUAUCUCACUUUAAUCUGCUUGGAAAGCAACAACAACAAACAAACAAACAAAUCUCUUCAACACUGUAAUUACAUGCAACUAUAUAAAGUUUUCUCACAGGCAAGAUGCUGAAAGUUUUAAUGUGGUUUCAAAGGGAUGAAUGUGAAUUAUUGAACUAGUAUGUGACAGUCAUUGUCCACAAAGGACUACUUAAUAGGAGGCACUUUUUAAACUUUAAUGCUUGAGAAAGAGUUAAAGGCAUAUGCGAGCUGACAUAAUAAAAGGAAAAAAAAAUACGAGAAAGGAAAAAGGAAAGAGGAAAAAAAUCAUUGUCCAGUGUUUUUGAAAAAGAUGGACUUUAAAGAAUCUUGCAAUUUGCACAUCUUGAGUUUAUCAUUUGUGUGGUAUUCCUGCAGUUUUUACCUAAUAAUGUUGUGGGUUGGGGGGGUUCUGAAAGAGCAUAAACAAAUGUAGCAAUUACUCACUAACCUGCCUAUGCUCUAGGCCAUUUCAUAGGGUUAUGUUCCUUUCAAGAGUUCAUUUUUGGUCUUUCUACCGUAUCUGCCACACAGAACCAGGUCCUACUGGGACACCUCUGAGAAUUUUUCUUCAGACUUGCUGAGAGAGUUUUCCACAAGAAACAUUUCUAUACUUAAGCAAGGUGUUUGUUUGUUUUGAAAACAAACCUAUUGUUAUUUUAUUAUUAUUAUUAUUAUUAUUAUUUGUUAUUUUAAUUGCAUUGUUUCCCAUUGGAAAGACGACAUUUCAAGAGUUUGGUACAAACCGAGGGGGGAGGGGAUUCAUGCCAUUCAGUCUUUUCUUUCCCCAGGUAGGGCCGGAUCCUUUGAGGUGCUGUGCACCCAGCCUCCUGCAUGAGCCUCGGGGAGGUGCAAGUAUGAAGUACUCCGGGGCUGAGCGCUAACGCCACUAGAAAGGUCCCGUUGUCUUUCAGUGGGAUUGCGCUCGGGGCCCUACGUGAGCGAGCGUCUGUGUCGUUGGGUUUGGUUGGCGAGUUCACAUCCUUCAGGUAGUUUUGAAGAAGCUGUACUGAUUGAUAGGGAGAAAAGGAAAGAAAAGUCCAUUGUUAGAAACGCAGUAACCUAAAGUGAACAAAUGUAUUUAAAAUCUCAUUUUCCCUCUCCCCUGAAAUAACAGUGCUUUUAUUUAAGAGAAGAAAUGUUAACCCCAAACCCCAGCUUUGACUCUGUGACUUGUUACUUGAAAUUUAGCUCACACCAGACCUAAUUGUUUUUAUACCAUAUUCUGGGGUGUACCAAAAAGUUGAAAUACAUUUAAAAUAGCUUGAAACUUUUCUUGAAUUUCCUUGAAUUUUAUUAACCUCUCAGCAGGCUACCAAAUAGCUGAGUGGGUUUCUUCUCACAGUCACACUGCUUAGUUAGUGCUUAUUUGUUAAUAUUUCUCUUUCAGAGAAGUUGCUUAAUCUUCCAUAUACUCUGCUCAGGGCACUUGCAAUUUAUUGUUUAGUUUUGUUUCCUGUUUUGUUUUUAAGCUUUGAUGGUAAAGGAAUAGAAAGAAUUACAAGUUUUAGUUCACAGUCGUACCACUAUUUCCAUGCUUCACGUGUACUCGGGAAAAGAAAAAUAAUCUCAAGUAAAACCAUAUGCAUACACAUUUGUGGUUAAUAAGGAAGCAGGGGCCUUUAAACUGACUGGAUCUAUUCAACUAACACUAAAAAAAAAAAGUCUAAAAAAUAAUAAUAAUAAAAAACCAAGUUUGGAGCAAUAGGAAUGUAUUAGUUCUGUGCUUGUAUUUCAGACUGAGGAAUUCUAAAAUAACUGGUUCUUUCCAAACAGUUGUCCCUUUCCAUGCUUUGGCUUUUGUAGGAUGUGCAAUACUUUAUGUGCCAACUUAGACUCACCCGUGUGGUGGUAGCAGAUCUCAUACCCACUUCUGAUCUCCCCUCAUUUUGUUCUUUUUUUGAAUAGGUUUUCUUUCUACCUUUUUUUUUGAUUCCCUAUUAAUAACUCCGUUCCUGUGUUGUCGUCCCCCCCCAAGAAAAGAAAACAUAUUAAGGGUCAAGCAUCCCCUGCCCCGGAAAACACAAACCUUUUUUGUAUUGGAUGAUAAAAAAGAUCCAGGAAAAAAAAAACAAAGGAAAAAACAUAAAUGUAUUGAUGUCUGCGUGUCAUCCAGGUGGAGUGCGGCUGAGUGCUGUAUGGCAUGCAGACAAAUCCUGGCUCCCAUCAGGGAGAGAUAAGCCCCCUGGAGACCAAGUCCUUUGCAAGGUGGUGGCUUUGCCUCUCCCCAAAGCCCCGAGCAUCCCUUGCAGUGAGUCCCCACGCCUGGGAAGUUCCAUCGAUCCCUGGGUGCACGCAGAAAUUCCAGUCACUGUUGUAGAGAUGCUGAGGCGAAACCCAAGGAGGAGGUUGAGCCGCUGCUUCUGCAGCAUCUGCUUUGCAAUAGUAACUAACAGUAGUUUUCUUUAUCUUUCUGUCUUUUUUUCCUUUCUUUCUUUUUGUAGCAGGCCUGUUUAGUUUACAACGAAACGCAUACAAUCACCAAGAAAUUAGUCAGGGCAAAGAAAAAUAAAACAAGAACCUCUUUAUAGGGAUUUCUAAAAAAGAAAAUUAUCUAUCUGUCUAUCUAGCUAACCUAUCUAUAUAUCUAUAUAUAUAUAAAAUGACUGUUCCUUAUAGUGUUUAACUUAGGCAUUGUUUCAGUUUGUCUGGGCCACAUCACGGGGGAUUUGAGUCUGAUGUCACUUACCUCGAGGCCUCUGGUCGAGACCCAAACCGGAGUUGCUGUUGACCUAUAUUCUCAUUUCAUACGUUGCCCUUGGGCUGGCUUUUCCUUGAAGACGCAGGCCUCGGGAGGAGGGGGGGAGACACCUUCCUUUUUUUAUUCCUUUAAUUCCUUCGUCCCGCUGUUGCUUUGUUCGACCUGUCGUUCCCGUCAUUUUCUCGGCAUGGGGAAGUGACAUCACUACUCUCGUUUCCCUUAAAUCAAGGAACAUUUAGAAACCUUUCACACCUUUUACUCAGGGAUGGGGCUGGCAUAUGUGUGGUACACUGAUGUGACCAGAAGCAGCACUUUUACUGCUCCGGAGUAGGGAUGUACAAUGUUACAGACAAGUUUGGAUUUCCUGCACCUCAUGGUUUUAAACUUUGUAGAUCUCACUUAGAUUGCAAUACAAAAGCAGCAGGCUUAGCGUGAACUGUAGCUGUCGGUAAAUCACGAAAAUUCACUUUCUGCAGAGAUUUAUUUUAUUUUAAUGUGUGUUGCCAAUAGUAGAAAGGAAAUGGUGAAAUUCUGUUAAUUCUUGCAACUGCUAAAAAAAGAAGCCUGUAUCAAGGACAGCAAAUCCUCAAUAAUUUUAAACACUAACAACAGUGUUAUUUUAAAGAGGGGGCCUCUUGGGGCAGUGCUCUGCGCAUCCUGGGACCCUGUUCUGCAAACACUUACACACGUGCAUACAGGGGGUCCAGGCUGGCCGGUCAGGGCUGCUCAGGAGCUCACUGUGAAGCACGUGUGUAAAUCUUUGUGAAACUGAAGCUUGGUUCAGUCAGGGCCAGAUCCUGACCAUAAUCAGACAGAUGGAAGAGACUUGGGGUUCAUCCAGGCUCGCCAGGGCGGAAGCCCCAGGCUGGUAGGGGGGAUUCGGCCUAUUGAAACACUUUGCUGUCCUAGGAACUCGACAAAGGGUGAAACAGGACGUGCUCUUGUACAAAUAAUUUCCAUUUCUUCCCUCCCCAUCACCACAGGUAACAGCAGGGUCCGCUCUGGGCUCUGGCCGGUGCUGAUGCGACAGGCAAGGGGAAUGAAGGCACCACCAGAGUGCAGGCAGUAAUUUCCCUUCCUCUGGUUUAUCCAACCCUCCCACCCCCACAAAUCCUAAAUCCAUAGCAAAAUGAGAACUUGUUGAUGCAGAUCCGCAUUCGUGCACACACACCUCCCCAGACAGAAGCGUCUGUCUGCACAUGAAUAAAUGCGUGUGAUUUGUUUUGGCACGUAUGCCUACGUGUCCACUUGAUUCCCUGUCCUGAGGACAGCCUUGCUUUGUGUCCAUAGGGGAACUCCAAACACGUUGCACACCUCUACUCCAGAGUUCAAUUUCUUUUACAUAGACGACCUCGCUUCAGAUGUGUUACCUUUACUGAUAGGAUCUUUUCUUGUAGCACUAUACCUUGUGGGAAUAUUUUUUGAUGUAAACCUAAUUUGAGAAGCUUAUUAAAAAUAGAAACUUUUUUUGAAGCACUCACAUUGAGGAGUACAGGUAAUGUUUUAAACAAUUGCACAAAAGAAAAAUGAAUGUUGGAAUGAUUCAUUCAGUGUUUGACAAAGAGAUGGCUCUGUUUGAACAGUGAGUUUCAUACCUUGUUUGUAAAAAAAAAACAAAAAAAGUUUUUAAAUACAAAAGCAGAGAAAGGUCGAAAGUUUCAUGUUUUUUGUAUAUAGAAAAUGUCAUGUCUAGAUGAUCUGAUUUGUAUUGGCUUUGGCCAGGAAGAAUUAUUACUUAAAAGGCUCUUAAAGAACAACUGUGCUUAAUUUUCUGUUCGUAUUACAUGGGUCCCAUUUCCAGGGAAUGGAGUCAUGCUUCAUACUGUUUAUUCCUGUGCUGAAAUAUACCUUGGAGCAGCAAUUCUUGAGUGCAGCUACCGGGCACUUCAAGGGUGGCUAAGCGUGCACAACCAGAGUCUCACUCUCCAGCUCUGUUUUGGCUUUAAGUCUCUCCUGCCUGUGCUGAGGGAGCCCCGGCAGCCCACAGGGCACGGCCAGGUUUGAGGGAGGCCUUGGCCGUGCCUUCACUGGCACCAGGACCUGGGCCAUGGCUGGCAGUGCCGCAGCAGCCCUUGCUUGGAGAGCCGCUGCUGGCUGAGCACAACCUUCUUAGUUCCUGCCUGAAAGCUUUCGGUCCCGUGUUUUUUAUCUUCUCUCUGGGAUGCUGUUCCAUGUUUUUUCAGCACUUCCUGUUCCAGAUGAAACCCAAAGAGUAUAACCCUGAGCAAGAAGUGCUUAUAACAAGGGAUCCUAGCCCAGCACUGGCAGCAGGGUGAUACCUGAGGUGGUCCAGCCUUGCAGCCUCUGUCACUGCCCCACUCACCUCUGUGUUAGAGCCGCUCAUGCAGAGCACGUUUCCAGUGAUGAUGGUCUUGAGCAAUGGUGAGACUGGUGUUUUUCAGAAGCCAAAAGGAGAGGAUCCUGAAGCAGUUUCUGAGGAGAGAGAGGGUCCUUUUCCUGUCCAAAGAUUCAGCUGGGCAGCUGGGAGCCAGCAGCAGGGCAGCUGGGCUCUGAGGUUGCUCCCGUUCCCCUCCCCAGAGGUAACCCAAGCUUUGGCUCCCAUAGGCAUGCAGGGCAAAAGUACUUGCCCUGUCCAGGUGGUCCCUGGGCGCUCAGAAAGUCAGCCCCAGUUGUGUUACAAUGAAGUGCAUUCAGCCAACAGGUAGUAUUUAUACAAUAACAGUCUCUAAGGUUUCUGUAGGUUUUUUUCUUGUCAUUAUCUGAAAGGACUCAAGUCUUCCACUGAGGAUUUUAUGAUGGAGGCUUCAUCCAAGGUUGUUUCCUUUUUGUUCAUUUCUGUUUUGAGCGGUCAAAGCUCCUGUGCCCUUUCCCUCGACCAUGCAGUAGGUAUGCAUUGGAAGCGUUGUUUGCAGCCAGCGUUAGGCACUUGUUGAAGCUGUCAUUGCUGUACUACUAUGGGAUUGCUUGAAACCUCAGGGCUGGGAUCCUUGGCUGGCACAGAGCCGGUGUGGGACCGCCGGCUCCCUGGACAGCCCCGCUCUGCCCCUUCGCACCAGCCAGUGUGGGGAUCCCUCCCUGGUGUUUGCUUUAAAACUCGAGGACCCACGUGCUCUCUCGCUGACUACGCUCUGCAGAACUCCUGUCCCAGGCAGGCGAGUGGGACCUGUGUCACUGGGGGUGGCUGGGUCUGUGUCCUCUCCCUGGCCAUCGCACUGGCCUCUUGGCGAAGUUACUGAUCUGUUAAGGCAUAGAUAGGACUCUUCACGGCAGUCAGCUGAUGUUGAAACUCACUAAUGUUGGAUUUCUCUUUUUUUGUUUUUUGUUUUUUUUUUGAAUAAUAUAUUAACGUUGAACGCUGCUCUUUUGGCAGUGUUACAGUGGGGGGGGGGGUGGUGGGGGUGGGUGUCCCAACCUUUUUCAGUUCGGGUGAGCUACUGAAAACCAUUUUGUACUAGCUAUGUCACCACUCCCGGCGCUUGGCCAUGCCGGGUCAGGUUUAGCCAUUCUACAGCAGCAGUUUUUAAGGUCUUUUUUUUUUCCUUUUCUUUUUUUAAUUAAAUUGUCUGGUAUUACUAAUGAGGGUUCUUGCAAAUCCCACUUCCAGUGUAGUUCCUAGGGUAGGCCCAGAAAAAGGGAUAUCGCAGCUUUGUGUUGGGGAGAAGUUGAGCUGACAUGGCCAGUACAAAGGAGAAAUAGGGAGGGAAUAACGUUUUGCACCUUAUUGAAAAGAGGAGAAGAUUUUAAGUGCAUACAGACAUAGUUAAGAGCUUUUAUUGUGACAGGAGAACUUUUUUCCAUAUGCGUGCAUACUCUCUGUAAUUCCAGUGUAAAAUAUUGUACUUGCACUAGCUUUUUUAAAACAAAUAUUAAAAAAAAUGGAAGAAUUCAUAUUCUAUUUUCUAAUGGUGGUGUGUCUAUUUGUAGGAUACACUCGCGUCUGUUUAUUGAAUUUUAUGGUCCCUUUCUUUGAUGGUGCUUGCAGGUUUUCUAGGUAGAAAUUAUUUCAUUAUUAUAAUAAAACAAUGUUUGAUUCAAAAUUUGAACAAAAUUGUUUUAAAGAAAUUGUCUGUAUACCAGUACAAGUUUAUUGUUUCAGUAUACUCGUACUAAUAAAAUAACAGUGCCAAUUGCAA